AUGUUCCCGAUCCGCCUCUUAGCCCUUGCGGCCCUCACCGAGGCGCACUUUGUGUUGCAGGUGCCAACGUCGCUCGGCUUCAGCGAUGUGUUGGAAGGCACCGCGCCCUGCGGCAGUUUCGACAUAAGCAGCCGCGCUGGCGAGUCCAGCUGGCCGCUUGCUGGCGCCCCCUUCCAGCUCAUCACCACGCACCCGCAGUCCGACUGGCAGAUCAGGGCGGCACUGCUAAACGACACGGCCAACUUCCAGCCGCUGGUGCCCGUCGUCAGCCAACAGGGCACCGGCACCUUCUGCCUGCCCGCCGUCCCGGGCAUCGCCGCAUGGGAGGGCCAGGAUGCCGUGCUCCAGGCGAUCCAGCACUCGGCCGAUGGCGAGUUGUACCAGUGUGCCGCCAUCAAGUUCGUCCCGGGCUCUGCAGCCGCCGGCCCCCAGUCCUGCAAGAAUUCCACAAACGUCAGCGCCUCCUUUAAGCCCGGCUCCACCGCCUCGUCGCCAGGCAAUUCCAGCACGACGACAUCGCACAAGUCUGCCGCCGAGAAGUCGUGGGCCGAUCCGGCCUCGGGCCCGCUGAUGCUGGCGGCGCCGCUGCUGACAUGGCUGGCGGUGCUCUAUUAA